UACAAAAAUUUGACCAGUAUAGUAUAUUCGUAUUGGGUUUCUUUCCGAAUGUAAGGUUUUGUUGGAUAUGCAUUCGUAUUUUUCUUGACGAAUCAAUGUUUCAGUAUCUAAUGAAAAACAAAGUUUGAAAAUACUAUUCUCACUGUUUAUCUUUUCAAAUUAUUAUAAAUAUUAGAGUAACAGUACAAGAUGUAUAGUUUUUGAAAGAAAUUUAAACAAAGCGUUGUAAAUAAUAAAUUCAUAUCACUAAUCCAUUUAAGUAUUUUGUUGUACCAACUAAAUAAUUAAAAAAUUGCGUCUCCAUCAGAUUAGUGGAUUAGUAUACGUUUUUCCGCAUCAAUCUAAUUGUGUGGAUAGAGCGACCACGUACAGGUCACAUGUAUAACAACUGUUAACGGAUAAGGCCCAAAACUUAAGAAUCGGCCCAAAACUUAAGAAUCAAGGUUAUGAAUAAGAGGAGUCUUCUAACUAAGUGGGGGCACAAAUGUAAUUGUUGCUGUGGCUUUGGUGUCCUCCUGGUGAGAGAGAAACAACGAGACACGCGCGGGCUGGAGAAAAGGUGGGAAGAUUGUCUCCCUCUAUUAUUUCUCUUGUGAGGUUAACACGUGGACAUUUCUUCACGUGAUUUCCCACGUGAAAUAUCUGGCGUCUUUCAAUCCCCUUCGCUAUUUUUAUUUCUCUUUUUAAAGUUUAAACCAUUCCUUUACACAUCACGUGGCUCUCACUCGCCUUGUAAAACUUUUCUUUUUUGUUCUGAAUCUUUGAAACUAUAUGGAUCACUCAGAAUUUAUAUCACUGUAGGGAUCUAUAUAGACCAGUGACACCCCUUAAAUACUCCAUGUUUUGUAACUUUUUUGUUCGUAUUCUAUGUAAAUAAGAAAACUUUUACACGCCUAAUAAAAUCAUCAAUUGUUUUAGUCUAAAGGAAGCUUAUGUUCUCUAGAAGUAAGAAGACGAGUCUCUCCGGGUGCAUCACUUAUAUAUUAUUUUUUCUUUAUUUGGUUAUCUAAUUUUCUGCAUGCAUGUGAACAGCUGUAUUCUAAAGUCAUAUAUUCACUUCCAACUUGGCAGUAUGUUCCUUUUCCAAAGCUUAGCAUAUCUUUACUAAAGUUCUCAAUUGAAAUCUAUUAAUACAAAUCUUCAAAAAAAAAAAAAUCGAUUAAUAUAAAUUCCACGAAUUUUACAAAAAAAAAAAUAUAAAUUCCACGAAUGACAAAUAAGAAUUAAUCAAAUCUUAGAACGGACCAAAAUAAGUGACGGGCUUCCCACGUGAACAUGUGCAAUGAUUAAGCUUUCGAGUAAAUUGUUAGAUUCGUCAAUACAAUCAUGUAGUACGUGAAAAAUAUAAUAAUUAUUUUGUAAUGAUUAAAUUCGCUAGCCAACAAUUAUUAAUGGAUGCACUAUAUAUCUACAGUGUAACUAUAGUUGAUUUUUUUAACGUCAUUAAGAAAAUUCUCUUGAGCAAGAGAUUAUAAAUUUAGUACUUACAAUUAUGUCAAAAAACUCAUUAUGUCAAAGUGGACACAAAAACACAGGCGCAUACAAUCAUGUGCCUGGACUUUUUUUUCCAGCAAAAGUGCCUGGAAAUCAAUAGUGAUGCAUUCAGGUUUCUAAUAAGUUGUUAUACGUAUAUAUUACUAUACUAAAAUAAUCAAAAUCAGAAUUAGUAUAAGAUAGAUCAAGAAGGUGAUAGAUGUUAGCUCGAACUGAAUCUGGGAAAAUGAGAGAACACAUGCGUGGGAGAGAUUUUGCACAUGGAUAUGAUGGACACACGCGUGGGGCCAGAUUUUCAAUCAGUUUUGAUUUAUGUAGACGAGUCAAAAUUAGUGAGCUCAUAAACACAUGAUUAAAGAUUUAAAGUAUAUAUGCUCAUUUCAGUAAAAAAAGAAGUAUAUAUGCUCAUGCAUUAUUGCGAUGAAACAUGGAUUUGGUUAUUUAGCUUUGGUUGGUUCUUAGCUAGAUGUUUCUUACUAAAAUCAUAUGAAUAGUCUUUAGUUUUUUUUGGGGGCAAACUAGGCUUUAAUUUCAUCUUCAAAUUGUUAUGAGAACCCUGUCUAUAUUUUUGCAGUGUGCAAUAUAUCAUCGAUUUUGUGCAUUUUCAGUUUUCAUAAUGGUCUUGUGUCUAGUAUAUUAUUGUUGAAGGAUAAUAAUGAAAUGUAGUCUAGAAUCUAGAUUGACUUACGAUAUAACUGUAAUACUGUUGUUCAUUUUCUUAAUUUUUACACAAAUGUUUAUGCAAGUUAUAGUCGUUGUUAUUGUUGGCCUUCGAGUGUUCUCUCCUUAAGGGUGUGGUUUGCACGCGAGAUAGCUUGCACGUAGGUAUGUGGGAGAAGAGAGAGAGAGUGAGUAUCCAAUGAUUGAAGAGAAGCGGAUGUCUGGUCGUGGAGGAACCAAAGCUACGCCGCACGAGUGUGGUCACUUGGGACCAUGUGCUGCCACGCUGGCGAUUUUCCACGUGUUAAUGCACGUGAACUCUUUCCCGAUCUCCCACGUGACCUCCACGUCUUCUUGUUCUUCGAUUUUUUUUUUAAUUUUUGUUUGUUCUUUAAACUUGCUUCAGUUCUACACCGACACACUCUGUAGUCUGUAUUGUAAAAAUUCACAUACACGAAUAUAAUCGAAUCUGAGACAGAAUUAAUAGAUCAGAAAACGGCGAUUAGUUUCAUUCUAAGUUAAUUGUGAAAUUUAUUGCGAUUUAUAACUUGCUACACUUUUAAAAUUUCAGAGAUGUAUCUAUACAUAUAUAUAUAUAUCAACAUCAUUCGUUAUACAUAAUUUUUUUUUACUAAACAGAGAGGUGUCUAGGCCGAAAUCUAACUAGUCAUGUUCUUGUGGACUGACUUACCGGUGAUAGACAAGUUUGAUUGCUCUACGUUGGAAGUAGGCUUGGAAGUUCACAUGUGGAGCUAUCAAUUUCUCAGUGAAAAAAAAUGAUCUAUGGCCUUGACUAACAUGAAAACGCUUCAUCCUGUAAAAACGUUAGACCACCACUAUACCGGAUUUAAGAUGACGGUAACAUAAACUAUUGUAUUAUAUGAAAAUUUGCAUGUUAAAUAAAAAAAUAUAUUAUAGUACUAGGAGUAACAAUUGUUACAUGCGAAUAGAACUAUGCGAGUUGUAGAAACUAGGUUUCGAAUUGCAUAACCAAAAGGGGUCACAUGUCAAACUUGCUUAUUCUCGUAUGAAAAAUUAUAGUUACCAAAAAAAAUGAUAGAAAAAGUUCACCUUGAGAUCUGGAGAAAAUCGUUGACAAAAAAAAAGAGAUCUGGAGAAUCAAACCUUGGAAUAUAAAGAAUUAAAUUAGCAACGGUAACAUGCAUCCAACUACACUUUUUAGUUUGUUAUAACUUAUUGUGGUUAUUUAACGGUUUUCCUUAAAACCAAUUUUAUAAUUAAAUCAAGCAUAUUUACAUUAGCUUAUGAAUACAUAGUUUUUUUUUUUUUUUUUUUUUUUUUUUAUGAAUACAUAGUUUGUAAUAUAUUACAAAUUACAAACAAUGAAUACAUAGUUUGUAAUAUAUUUCAAUUAAAAAUUGAGUAUAUAAGUUUGUUGCACUACUCGAUCUCAAGUAUGUAAAAGAAUCAGAAUACUAGAGGAAAGAAAAGCAACUUGAGAGGAAAUGGUAAUAUUUUAUAAAAUCAGUUACUCCCUUUUCAUUAUGGUUAGUGGAAUAUAAAGAAAAAUCCAGAGUAAAAUUCAAUUUGCUGGUAAAAGCAAACCAGACCAAACCAUCAGCCAACCAAUACUCCAAAUAAAAAUCAAAUGGAUAAAAUUAAUUUACCAGAAAUGUGUUUCUUAAAAGGUCAAAGCAAAGUGUUUUGAAAUCAAUGAAAAGCAUCUUCCGUAUUGAAGAUAUUUAGAAGUCAUAAAGAGUCAAAUACAGAUUCAUUAACAAUAAGAAUAAAAUUUGAAGAUAUUUAAAAGUCAUAAAAGUCAAAUACAUAUUCAUUUACAAUAAAGAAUAUAUCGGAAAGUAAACAUACAUUUAAUUGUGGUUGAAAGAGUCAGACGUUAUUUAACUGCAAAAUAAAUUAAUUAACAAGCCCGACCUGUCUUGUCUGUAACUCUCGAAGAAACUGAAGCAGUGAUAAUGAUGGCAUUAUCAACAACUUCGGGAAGUAAUACUAUUAUUGUCUCAGCACAGGAGGUAUCAGGUGUGCCAUAACCCAUAAACUCUACCACCACUAGUCUUUUCCAAAUGUCCGUUUUAUAUUUGACUGAACCCUGACAAUUAAUGGAAAGGUUGAAAUUAUCUUUAGUUAGUUGACCAAAAAUAUGCACUAGUCAAAUGCGAGUUUUUGGAAAAGAGGAUUUUUUUUUUUUGUCAUCUGGUAGAUUAAGAUGAUAUGUUAAUUCUCUUGACAAAAAAAAGGAUAAUACGUUAAUUCAAGAUAGAGAAUCGAAUGCAUGUUGGACUCGAGGGAACUCUAAAGUCUAGCCUCUGUGUAACCUAUUAAAACUACAUCGUUUUUGACUCCCAUACCCCCAACGCCAUUCUCUUCCUCUCCACGCGAACAUACUUUACUACAUCUGUCUUUUCCUCUUAAAUUACUCCUUCAUGUUUAUUGAAACAAAACAGUGCACACAGAGAUCUGCAAGACUAUUCCAGACUUUUGUUAAAUGAAGUAUAUCUUUAGUAUGCAUAUCAAUUCCUAUUCAAGAUUGAUAAGUAUAUGAGUUCUAGAGAAUAAAAAUUGAAUUGAUGCACAAAGCAUUAUGUAUUUUAAAAUAGUAAAAUAAACAGCAAUACAGUAUAGUAUAUAAUAGUCAAACACAAGUAAAAAAAUAACUGAAAUGAAGAAAAAAAAAUUAAUCUUCUCAAAAUUCAACGUAUUUGAGUUAAUGGCAUUUUUAUUUUCAAACGGUUGUUAAAGUUUUUUAAGAUGAGCAGGUAACAAUAUAUACCAUCAUUGAAAUGACAAGAGUCUAUCUGACAUAAGUCAUCAUUGAAACCCCAAUCCCCUACAUAACCUUCCUCUCUCUCUCUCUCUCUCUCAAACAUUAUUAACCAGCACAACUUCAUUGUUUUCUCCAGAAAAAUCUUUUUUGACCCAAAAUUUCCAAGAAAAUCUUGAAGAAAUGGGUGAAAGUGAAGAUGGUUUGGGUCUGAGUCUAAGCUUGGGGUUAAGUCAGCUAAAGGAACCAUCUCUGGGACUGGGGUUGAAUCUAUUGCCGUUGAGAACUUCUUCUUCUUCGUUUUCUCACAUGCACAAUCACAAUAAUAACCAUCUUCAGAAGAAGAUUAAUCACAACUCUUGGCCUCAUCAGUUCCACUCCUCUGAAAGAAACUCUGACGUUGGAUCUCUUCUCAGAGGUCUCGAAGUAAACAGAACUCCUUCUGCGACGGUCGUGAUUAACUUAGAAGAAGACCUUGCGGGAGUGUCUUCACCGAACAGCAACAUUUCGAGUGUGAGUGGGAACAAGAGGGAUCUUGCGGCGGCGAGGGGAGACGGAGGAGGAGAUGAGAACGAGGCUGAGAGAGCUUCUUGCUCACACGGCGGAGGAAGCGACGAAGAAGAGGGAGGAAACUGCGAGGGAACGAGGAAGAAACUCCGGCUAUCGAAGGAACAAGCUUUGGUUCUUGAAGAUACAUUCAAAGAACAUAGCACUCUAAAUCCGAAGCAAAAGCUGGCUCUAGCAAAACAGUUGAAUCUGAGGACAAGACAAGUAGAAGUGUGGUUUCAGAACCGAAGGGCAAGGACGAAGCUGAAACAAACGGAGGUUGAUUGUGAGUAUUUGAAGAGAUGUUGCGAUACUCUAACGGAGGAGAAUCGACGGCUGCACAAGGAAGUAGCUGAGCUUAGGGCGUUGAAGCUAUCUCCACAUCUGUACAUGCAUAUGACUCCUCCAACUACUCUCACUAUGUGCCCCUCUUGCGAACGUGUUUCGGCUUCCUCCUCCUCCUCAGCUAUGGCUGCUGCUGCUCCUCCCUCCUCCAUCACAUCUGGUGGUGGUGGACGGAUUCCUACGGUGGUGGGACGGCCAAGUCCACAACGGCCAACUCCCUGUGCAGCUAUUUCUCUCCAGUCAAGAUUAGCUCACUAGGGGAAAUAUAUUUAAUUUAGUAUACAUAAAAUAUGUGUAUGAAAACUGAAACCUUAAAAGCUUUUAUGCAAGGUUGACGUCAAAUCUACUUAAAAUGAAAAAGACGUCAUCUGAAUCUCAAGCUCUUAACACUGUCAAUUAAUUCUUUGACAUAAUGCAAAACCGCAAAGAGCUAGUUAUAAGAAUUCAAUUUUGUGAAUGUAGGGGUUUUAUGUAAUGAUAUUUGAUGGGCUUAGGUAACCAAAUUAGAAAAAGUCGUUGGGCUUAUUGCCGGUAAUUUUAAUGAGAAUUCGGUAUAAUAUAUAACUAACAUUUUCGGCCUAAGCCUAACCUUAGAUCGAACCUCUCUGCUAAGAGUAACAAUUAACAAUAAUUAAGUUGAACUAAUACUCAAUUCCUUAUCACUAAGUGGCGACGCCAAGUUGCUCGAUCCACCCCAUUUUCUAUCUUCCUUCAUUUUCCCUACUUUCUCUAAUAUUUUCAACUCUCAAUAAAAAUAUUUUCAUCGUAUUGAGAGAAAGAAACGUAAGAGCUGCAGUUUCCAAUUAUUCAUUAUAUGGUCAACAAUAUCCUUCAUUUAUAAUUUUCAGCACAUUCGAAAGAGUAUAUUUUAAAGCUUUAAUGACUUUGUCACCAAGACACCAAUGCACAAAUGACCGAACCAACCAUCGAUUAAUGAAGUCCAAACCCUUAAUGUUCAAAGAGAAACGACCUGAGCUAAUUAACGACAUGAAGUUACAAGUGUCAAAAUAAUACUAGCAUUAAUCAUAUGUUAUUCUUCUCAGUUAUAAAAUCAGUUAUUUUUGAUAAUGUUGUAUUUACUUACGAGUAUGAAAAAGAUGAAAAUACAGAGUUGGGGAAAAAGAAAACUCCCCGAACACAUUAUAGAACAACAAAUCAAUAAAAACUAUAUAUACAUCUUCAAACUCUACUUGAAUUUAUACGAAUUUUGUUUUACAUCGGUUUGAACUUUUGUUAUGCACAUUAUAUAUCAUAUUACAGUUCCAGGAACGAAACCUUUAAUAUGGCCAAUUUUCUCAAACUAUAAAGAAGUUGGCUGAUAUAUAGUUUGAGAUGAAUAUUAUAAUAUGGACAAUGACUCAAUGAGUUGCUUAAAAGAGAGAGCAUGGCCAUUUUAUGCUCUUAAUAGCAAAGUGGACCUUUCUUGCAAUAAAGCCACGUGUUUAGAAAACACACUUCUUUAUCCUUUUUCAACAAUUAUACUCUUUUAUUGGUUUAGACCCAAAAAAAAACUCUUUUAUUGGUUUAGGCACAUAUAUUCUUGUUUCAUCAAAAUAAAAAUCCGUAGGUCGAUUUUUUUUUCCUAUACAACAAUAAUAAUUUGAGAAAAUAUAAAACUGCAAGUUGUUGUUAAAAAAAUAAAACUGCAAGUUGAAGAAAAAAAAAUGCAAUUUUAGUCAAAAUUGUAACAUCCAUUUAUGUAUGUUAAUUUUUAGUAAUUUAAAAUAUUUAGUUAUUGACUUUUCAAUUACUACAAAAUCUGUAUUUUGAUUUUACUUGUAUGAUAUAUAUAUUUUUUUGCUUUAUUAACUUGUAUGAUAUUGCAAAUCAGAUUCAUGAUACUACUAUUUAAUUUAAAUAUGAUUAAUUCUAUUUUUUUAAUAAAUAACUAAAAAGUAGGCCAAAUUUAUUACUUAAAUCUUUCAAAUACACUACCAUAUACGAAAGAUACUAUAAAAACAAAGUUUCAAAAAAAAAAGAUACUAUAAUAAAAAAA